GGUCGGGCUGCGAAUCAGCACUCGGCUAGUUCGACGCCCGCUCCUGCCAGGGGCUCUGCGGGAGGCCUCGCGGCGGCCGCGGGAAUAGAAGCGCCGCUGGGGCUGCGGUUGCUAUGGCGACGCUCGGCCCCGCCGUCCCUCCAGGCCUCGCCACGCCCAGGAAGGCGGAGCCUGUCCGCUGCUGUGACGUCACUCUCCCGCCCCGCCUAACUUCCGGCGCGGGAGGAAGUGGAAGUCCCGUGGGUCGGGGCCGGGGCGCUCGCGGCGGCAUGUCGGCCCUGGGAGAGCUGGAGCCCGGCGGGGGGGCGGCGGCGGCGGCGCUGCUCUUCCGCCCGCUGGACGCCGACGACGAGGAGCAGCAGCGGCCGGCCGAGAUCGAGUCCCUGUGCAUGGCCUGCCUGCGCCAAGGCGUGACGCGGCUGCUGCUGACGCGGGUGCCCUUCUUCCGCGAGCUCAUCGUCAGCUCCUUCGCCUGCCGCAGCUGCGGCUGGACCAACGCCGAGAUCCAGUCGGCCGGGCGCCUCCAGGAGCGGGGCGUGCGCUACACCCUGGCCGUCCGCGCCAAGCAGGAUCUGAACAGGGAAGUGGUGAAGACCGACUGUGCCGCUGCCAGGAUCCCGGAGCUGGAGUUCGAGAUCCCGGCCUUUUCCCAGAAGGGAGCACUUACCACUAUUGAAGGGAUAAUUGACAGAGCUAUAGCAGGAUUGGAACAGGAUCAGCCAGUCCGCAGGGAAACCGACCCAGGUGCAGCAGGAAAGAUAGACGAGUUCAUCUCUAAGUUGAAGCGUUUGAAAGAAGUGAACGAAGCCUUCACUUUUAUCCUGGAUGACCCCUCAGGGAACAGCUUUGUGGAGAACCCUCACGCCCCACAGAAGGACGAAGGCCUGGUGGUUGCCCAUUACAAGAGAUCUGCCCAGCAGGCUGCAAUGCUGGGAAUUCAGGAAGAGGAAUCUGAUGAGAAGUCAGUCGACUCGGCAGAUGAUCUGAGGAACGAGGUUCUGCAGUUCAAUACCAACUGUCCAGAAUGCAACGCUCCUGCAAAGACCAACAUGAAGGUGGUGCAGAUUCCCCACUUCAAAGAGGUCGUCAUCAUGGCUACAAAUUGUGAGGCAUGCGGCCACCGCACGAAUGAGGUUAAAUCUGGCGGGGCCAUAGAGCCUUUGGGAACCAAGAUAACCCUUCAUGUGACAGACCCCUCAGACAUGACGAGGGACCUCCUUAAGUCAGAAACCUGCCGGGUGGAGAUUCCGGAGCUGGAGUUUGAGCUGGGCAUGGGAGCGCUAGGAGGCAAAUUCACGACUCUGGAAGGAUUGUUGAAGGAUAUCCAGACGUUGGUGGAGAAGAACCCCUUUACCCUGGGGGACAGUUGUACCCCGGGCAGGGGAGAGAAGCUCUGUGCUUUUGGCAGGAAGCUGCAGGAGAUUUUGGAUGGACAGCUGCAGGUACAUUUUGUGAUGGAUGACCCUGCAGGGAACAGUUACCUUCAGAAUGUGUAUGCCCCUGAGGAAGACCCAGAACUGCGCGUGGAGCACUACGAGCGUCUCUUUGAGCAGAAUGAGGAGCUGGGCCUCAACGACAUGAAGACGGAGGGCUACGAAACAGAGCAGCCCUCCUCAGAUCAUUGACCUCUUUCUGGCCAAGCCAAAUCCAAAGGUGAGGGAUGAGAAGCAGUGAAGGAAGAAGGCCCGGCUUGCCUCUCCCCUGCUCUGGACACAGCCUCAGCCCUGCCGUGCAGAGCAUCUUGGUGAUGGUUGCUGAUGUGGUGGCUGCAGGAGAACAACACAUUAAAGCUGAACCGUUGCUCCAUUUGAGGCUGUUGCAUGGAUGGAAUUUUGUUUGGCAUACAGAAAUAUAAGCAAUGCUCUGGUGAACUUUUCUUUUUCCCUAUAGUUGUCUUGCAGCUGUAGGGAGUUCAGUGCUUGGUUUUUUACUGGAUACUGGUCAGUGCAAAAGAAAGGGCUGCCACUUCUGUGGUUGGCUGAAGAAUUAUACUUCCAGCCCCCACAGUCUGUUGCUUUCCUGCUGUUUUUACUGGACUAAUAAAUGAUGAACUCUGGAGAA